CCUCGUUAGCUUCACUACGGGAGCAGCAGCCACACACACACACCACUACCACCACACUCCGAACCGCACGCACGCCCGAGCCGAUCGCGCCGAGGCCACCAAGCCCCACACACGGCCAUGGCCAUCUGCGCCGCGUCCAGCCUCGCCCUCCACGCCGCGCCAUCCGCCGCACGGCGCCGCACCGUCGUCGUCGCCUCAGCCUCCACGGCGCGGUUCGACCGGCGCUCGGCCGUGCUCCUCCUACUGUCUGCAGCGGGGGCCGGGGCGGUGGCACCGUCCGCGAACGCCGCGGGCAGCAUCGGGUUCUUCGGCGUCCGGAAGAGGCUGGAGCGGGCGGAGGAGGCGGCGGUCGAGGCUGCGCGGGAGGUGGGGGAGGCGGCGGUGGAGGCCGCGGAGGCCGGCGGCGAGGCGGUGGCGGAGGUCGGGAAGGAGGUCGCCGGGGAGGGCAUGCAGCUGGUGGCAGAGGCUGGGCUCGCCGGCGACGCGCUCGUGCAGGCCGGGGCGGUCGCCGGCGCCGAGGCGCUCGGGGUGCUCGUCGGCUUGUCCGUCGUCAAUGGCAUCCUCAAGCCCGAGGCCUAGGUAGAGAUGGGUCGGCCCCGUGGCAUUUUUUGGCCCAUGCGAUGUUUGGGGUUUAGUGCUUGACUGGCUACUAUCUCGUUAUUUCUUCAUGGCUUUUAUGGUGUAAUAUGAGUAAGUUUUAUAUAGUGAUGGAUGCUCAUGGUUCCACUA